GCAUAGUGUACCUUGACCUGGAUUAGGGAACAGCAGUCUCUGCGUAGAAAAUGACCAGAACUUGCUGGGACCUGAAUCAGAGAGGACAUUUUUCUGAAGCAGUUUUGUCUACAUCUCCAGAAGUCAGAGUGUUGGAAAGCAGUCUCCUGGUCUAAACUGCUUGGGUGGACUGAUCCAACUGUAAGAGCCUUUGAGAGCAAAAUUCUCAAGUGCCUCUAGAGCAGCUGGAUAGACAGAAACGCGUGGGUGACCUGACUUCAUCAUGGAACCUGAGAACGCUGACUCUGCAGACAAAGAACUAAGCUGGGACAUUAAUGAUAUGAAACUGCCGCAGAACGUGAAAAAAACAGACUGGUUCCAGGAGUGGCCCGAUGCCUACGAGAAGCACAUCUACAGCUCCGACGACAGGAACGCGCAGCGCCACCUGAGCAGCUGGGCCAUGCGCAACACCAACAACCACAACUCCCGAAUCCUCAAGAAGUCCUGCCUGGGCGUGGUGGUGUGCGGCCGCGACUGCUCGGUCGCCGAGGGCCGCAAGGUCUACCUGAGGCCAGCCAUCUGCGACAAGGCCCGGCAGAAGCAGCAGAGGAAACGCUGCCCCAACUGCGACGGGCCCCUGAAGCUCAUCCCCUGCCGGGGCCACGGGGGCUUUCCCGUCACCAACUUCUGGAGGCACGACGGACGCUUCAUAUUUUUCCAGUCAAAGGGAGAGCAUGACCAUCCAAAGCCAGAAACCAAAUUGGAAGCUGAGGCCAGAAGAGCAGUGAAGAAAACGCACUCAGCGUCUUCCUCAGUCUCCUCGAAGCUGAAACAGAGCCCAGACAUAAAGCCUCUUCCAGGUGAAACACAAAGUUGGGAAAGUUUAACUUGGUCUUUCCAGGAAGCUGUCCAAUUGCCUCCUAGUUACAGCGGACAUGUGAUAGGUUACACUCCCCAGCAGAAGGCAUGGAAUGAUGGCUCAUCCUUCCCCGAGAGCUAUGGUUUGGGGGGUACCUCUGAGCUGGCAAACCUCACUCCCACCCUGGGUCCCCCUCAGCUCUACGACAAAUGGGAUUUGUCCCACAGUCGGGUCUCCAGCAGCGGAGACCUGCUCCAGCCCUCCAUCUCUGGAGUCUUCUCUGAUUACAGUGAUCUGCAGACAUGGAAUAAGAACGUGGCUUUGGGACGAAGUCCUCUGAAUGACAACAGUUGUCCCAGUUACCCUUUUCCUCUGACCAGCUGGCCCUACGACUUCUCCUCUUCCCAGAGCUCUUCAGAACCCUUCCACCAGCCGGUUCCAGUGGAACCACCAGCAGCCAAAUCCAGCUAUCCACCCAUAUGGCCAAAUCAAGCGGGUGAACUUUAUGAAGAGAAGGUGCCUGUGGAUUUUAACAGCUACCACCCUCCCACCACAUGCCAUUCACCCCAGGAAGACCCCCUUCUCCUCACCCACACUUCUCAGCCUUAUCACCAAUAUGCCCUGCCUGGCAAGAGCAACAAAUGGGAUUUUGAUGAAGACAUGGGGUGCCUGGGUUUGGAUCACUGCAAUAAUGAGAUGCUUCUAAACCUCUGUCCUUUAAGAUGAUCCAAAUCAGAGCCCUUAUGCACUGCCGAUGGGAGUGGCAUUUGGUGCAGCCACUGUGGAAAACAGUAUGGAGGUUCCUCAAAAGAUUAAAAGUAGAACUAUCUACCAGAUGAUCCAGUAAUCCCACUCCUAGAGGAAUAAUAGAAUGAAACCAAAUCACUGUCCUGAAGAGACAUCUGCACCACCAUCUUCACUGCAGCAUCAUUUACAGUAGCCAAGACAUGGAAACAAGCUAAGACAGGUGCAUGGGUAAAGAAAAUGUGGUGCGUGUAUAUAUAUAUAAAUAUAUAUAUAUAUACCAUUUAGCUGUAAAAAAGAAGGAAAUCAAGUCAUUUUCAACAAUAUGGAUGGACCCUGAGGGCAUUAUGCUAAGUGAAAUAAGCCAGAAAGAGAAAAACAAAUAUUGUUAUGAUCUCGCUUACAUGUGGAAUAUUAAAAAAUCCAAAUUUAUAAGAAAUAGAGAUCAGAUUUGUGAUUUUCAGAGGUGGAGGGUGAGGGGUGGGAAAACUGGGUGAAAGUGAUCAAGAGGUAGAAACUUCCAGUUUUAAUCUAAAUAAGUUCUGGAGAUGUGAGGUACAACAUGGUGACUAUAGUUAAUAAGACUGUACCAUAUAUUUGAAAGUUAAGAAAAUAGAGCUUAAAAAGUAUCGCAAGGGGGGAAAAAUGUAACUGGUGAUGAAUAUUAACCACUCUUAAUGUGGUUAACAUUUUGCAGUAUAUGCAUGUAUCAGGGCAUUAUGGUGUACACUUUAAACUUAUACAAUGUUAUUUGUCAAUUAUAUCAAUAAAAUUAUAUCUC